CAAAACGAAAUCAUACCCAGAACCCAACAAAAAUCAUCCACACUAGUAUAUUUUCGUAUACAAAAACAAACAACUAAACAAAAAGGAAUAAUGUCUCUCCUCACAGAAGAGCUGAAAGCCAAAGCUGAUGAAGUGUAUUAUGGUGACAAGAUCUCACAAGAGAAAACAAGGCUUCUUUUAAAAGAAGUGGGGCUUCCAAAUGGGCUUUUGCCACUGAAAGACAUAAUAGAAUGUGGCUACGUGAAGGAGACCGGCUUUGUUUGGAUGAAACAAAAGAAAGCCAUAACCCACAAAUUCGACAAGAUUGGUAAGCAAGUGAGUUAUGCAAAAGAAGUCACUGCCAAUGUGGAGAAGAAUAAAGUCAAGAAUUUGACUGGUGUUAAGGCUAAGGAGGUUUUGAUUUGGCUCACUUUGUCCGAGAUCUAUGUCGACGACCCACCCACCGGAAAUAUUACCUUUAAGAUCCCCACUGGGCUCUCCAGGGCUUACCCGGUCGAUGCGUUUGAGGUGGAGGAGGAGGAGGAGACGGCAAAGGAGAAGAAGGAGGUGAGAGAGGUGAGUAAUGGAGGGAGUGUGGUGGUGAAUGUGAAAGAGGUUUGAGAAUGUUGAUCUUAAUCUGGUUAGAGUUGAAAUUAGUUUUGUGCUAUUUACCCUAAAUGCUUGUGUUAAACCAUUUUAUUGGAAUUGGUGAUAAUGGUCAAGAUCAUAUUUAUAAGUAAUUUUACUAAUAAUUCCUUUCACCAA